AUGCGUACCUUCGUCGUCUUGUCCGUCAUCCUCGCCUCGGUCUCAAGCGCUUUGGCGCAGACCGCCUCGGCCGCUGCCUAUGUUGUCACAGAGUCGCCGAUCGCCAAGGCCGGUCUGCUCGCCAACAUCGGCCCCAGCGGAUCCAAGUCUUCAGGUGCAAAAGCUGGCAUCGUCAUCGCUUCCCCUUCUACUACCAAUCCCGACUACCUGUACACCUGGACUCGUGACUCCUCGUUGGUCUUCAAGGCGAUCAUUGACCAGUACACUACGGGCCUCGACACCAGUCUCCGCGGCUUGAUCGACGACUUCUUCACCGCCGAGUCGACCCUGCAGCAGGUCUCCAACCCCUCUGGAACCGUCUCUACUGGCGGUCUGGGCGAGCCCAAGUUCAAUAUCGACGAGACUGCCUUUACCGGCGCUUGGGGUCGUCCCCAGCGAGAUGGCCCGGCUCUUCGUGCCACCGCUCUGAUCACGUACGCCAACUACCUGUACGGAUCCGGCAACACUACCUUCGUCACCAACACGCUCUGGCCCGUCAUCAAGCUUGACCUCGACUACAUCGCGAACAACUGGAACCAGACUACUUUCGAUCUCUGGGAGGAGGUUAGCUCUUCGUCGUUCUUCACCACUGCCGUGCAGCACCGUUCGAUGCGCGAGGGUGCGGCUCUCGCCACCAAGCUCGGUGUGACUGCUUUGGCUUCGACCUACACUUCGGCCGCCGACAGCUUGCUGUGCUUCCUGCAGUCGUACUGGAACCCCACUGGCGGCUACAUCACUGCUAACACCGGCGGAGGACGCAGCGGCAAGGAUGCCAACACGGUCCUCACGUCCAUCCACACCUUCGACCCCGCUGCCGGCUGCGACGCCGUCACCUUCCAGCCGUGCUCGGAUAAGGCGCUUGCCAACCUCAAGGUCUACGUCGACUCGUUCCGCAGCAUCUACAGCAUCAACUCCGGCAUCGCCUCCAACGCCGCCGUCGCCACCGGUCGUUACCCUGAGGACUCGUACUACAACGGCAACCCCUGGUACCUGACCACCCUCGCCGUCGCCGAGCAGCUCUACGACGCGCUCAUCGUCUGGAACGCUCAGGGCUCGCUCACCGUCACCGCGACCUCGCUCCCCUUCUUCCAGCAAUUUUCGUCAUCUGUCACCGCCGGCACCUACGCGAGCUCCUCCACGACCUUCGCCACACUUACCACCUCCAUCAAGACCUUCGCCGACGGAUUCGUCGCCAUCGUCGCCAAAUACACCCCGUCCGGCGGAGGACUCUCGGAGCAAUACGACAAGGCCACUGGCGCGCAGCUGUCCGCCGCGGAUCUGACCUGGUCGUAUGCCGCCGCGCUCACCGCGUUCGAGGCGCGCAGCGGCACGACGUUCGCGUCGUGGGGCGCUGCUGGCCUUACUACUUCCUGCUCGGCUGGUACUAGCACCGGCUCUGGCUCCGGCAGCGGCGCGGACACCGUCACCGUCAACUUCCAGGAGACCGCUACUACCACCUUCGGCGAGAACAUCUACCUCGUCGGUUCUAUCUCGGAGCUCGGAAACUGGGACCCCAACAGCGCCAUCGCCCUGAGUGCGGCCAACUACCCCAACUGGCAAGUCUCCGUCGCGCUCCCUCCCUCGACCGCCAUUCAGUACAAGUACAUCCGGAUCUUCAACGGCGCCGUGACCUGGGAAAGCGACCCGAACAGGAGCCUCACUACGCCCGCCAGUGGAUCGGCCAACGAGAAUGACACUUGGCGCUGAGCUGUGACCCGGUUCGCGUCGGAGUGUGCGACCGGCUGACCGGUCAUGACUUCGCGCCC